CGCCUUCAGUAGCCUCCCAUCCUUUAAUGUUUAGUGUGUGUUUGCUCAUCCCAGUGAACACGUCAACACAUGUCAAACCUAAUUCUUCCAGACGAUGUACACCCCACAAACGUUAAUCCUAGCUGCCACCCUUCUAAUAACCGCUGAUUGUGCCACCCCAAAUGUGUCUCUAGUAGUCCCCCCAGCUGUCAAAAUUUCGGACACGGCGACCCUUGAUUGCAAAUUAGAGCCAUUUAAGGGAACUCUCCACGAAGUUAAAUGGUUCAAGGACGGUACCAUAAUCUUCCAGUACAAACCUGCAGAAGUACCACCCGGACAAUCUUUUAAUGUACCUGGAAUUAAUUUAGAUCUCGACAAGUCUAACUCUUCUCGAAUUGUCCUUUCGAACGUGUGCCCGAACGCUAGUGGUCUUUAUGGGUGCGAAAUUUCCACAAAAGAACCUUUUUUUCGUUCGACGUUACACACGGCUUUCAUGUUUGUGGUUGAUGUUCCUGAAGAACCCCCCACAGUGAAAUACAGACAAGUGAAUGCUAAUAUUCGGGCUGAGUGUGCGUCACCACCUUCUAAUCCCCCGAUUAACAUUACGUGGGUGGUCAACGAAGGAAAGACCUAUCGAGGCAGCGACACACACAUUUCAACACACAUAAAUGCAACCAGGAACCACCCACAGGUCACUUUGUCCAUACUAGAGCUAUUUUACCGAGACGCUUAUAAAUACGGAAUGGCUCAUGUACGGUGUGUUGCAAAAUUAUUCGACUUGUAUCACAAAGAAGCCGAGUUUGUUGCUUUUGAUGUUGAAACGUUUACCCUACCUGGACAAAAAAAACUAGUGGUUUAUCCGGCGUCUAAAGAACCUGUACCACUGGAAAAGCACUUUGUGAUCUAUUUUUUGCUGGUGGUGGUUGUAGUGGGGGCUUUGUAUGGCUACGUGUGGUACAAGUCCUAAAUAAAGCACUAAGAAAAUA